CCUUAUAAAGAGGGAGGCACACCCAGCCGGUGGCCAUAGUUGAGCUCUCCUCCCUGACAGCGACAGCAGCAGUAACAGCAGCACCUGGCAGUCGUCAUGCUCAGCCUCAUUAAAUUACCACGAGUCUUCACCAUCAAUCAAGUGCCAAAAGUUUUCCACGAGGACAGCAUCAUCUCUGGCUACCGACACCCCCGCAGCUCAGCCACCGACUGCAUCCUGAGCCUCUUCCAGCUGACCAAUGAGACGCUCAACAUCUGGACCCACUUCCUGCCCACCUGGUACUUCCUAUGGAAAUUAGUGACGGUGGUGCUGAUGCAGACGGCAUGGCAGGACUCCUUCAUCUGGCCUCUGUUGGUCUUCCUGCUCACCUGCUGCAUUUACCCGCUGGCGUCGAGCUGUGCUCACACCUUCAGCAGCAUGUCAGUGCGGGCACGCCACAUCUGCUUCUUCUUUGACUACGGCGCCCUCAGUUUCUACAGCAUUGGGUCAUCGAUCAUCUACUCAGCUUAUGUUUUCCCGGACAAAUGGGUGAACAGUCUCUUCCACAGGUGCUACAUCCCCAUCACUGUGAUCAACAGCGUCAUCUGCACCAGCGUCGCCUGCUACUCCAGGCUUGGCUUACCAUAUCUGCAAUAUAAUCAUGACAGCGUGAUGAGAUUUCCUGAGAGCCAGAGUCCAAAGUUCAGCAAAUACCUCCGAGUUGUUGCCUUCGCCUUCCCCUACCUGUUUGACAACAUUCCUCUGUUCUACAGGGUGUUUCUGUGUGUAGGAGAGGGCUGCACAGACAAUGAUACCAACAUCCUCCACUACUACCACAUCGCCUUGGCUUUCCUCACAGGCUUUCUGUUCGCCACACAUCUACCUGAGCGCCUGGCGCCUGGCAGCUUCGACUACAUCGGUCACAGCCAUCAACUCUUCCAUGUGUGCGGCAUCCUCGGCACCCACUUCCAGAUGAAGGCCGCUGAGCAGGACAUGGUGACACGGCGCCCCUGGCUCCUUGAACACUCCAUCCCCAUCACGUUUAUCAACUCACUGGGUGUAGGGCUGCUUUGUGUGGUGGUGAAUCUGAUUAUCAUCCUCCUGUACAGUUUACCUCUGCUCUCUGCUCCAGUCUGCCCAGAGAAGAAACAUGAUAAAGAUCCAAAGAAAGCCUCAGCCAAGGUCUGCCCCUGCUACUAAACCUCCGGCUUCAUAAGUCAGGGCUGAGGGAUCCCAACUAACAUGCUGGAGACAUGUGAACAGAGGGCAUUAUGGGUGAUAUAUGUACAAUUCCUGCCACAAAAUCUUGAUCGAGAACAGUCAGAUGACUGACAGGACUUCUCUAUUUUGUAGAAAGUCCGUUUUGACAAACAGAUCUUAUUUUGUAUGGGGGGGUUUGUACUGCAGAACAAAAAGCCAUAAAAUGGUUUGACCAGACUGACAAUUUAAAGGGCAGAAAAAGACAAAAAUACCUCUGAGUAACAGUUCAACAAGAUAAGAAAAAAUCACCAAUAAGAAGAAAAAGAAACUGGGAGCUUAGUGUAAAUCGUAACAGGUUCCUGUUUCAGUGUCAAGUGCACAAUAAUGCCUUUAACAAGCUGGAAUUAACAGCAGUGUGUCGCUUUCACAAAGCUGUUCUUCAAACUACACAAUAGAAGAAGAAGGUUAGUGUCGGGUCAUCACUGUUGGACCUGGAUCAGAAGGUGUCAGGUGAACAUAUUAUGGAAAAUAUUUUUAAAGCCCAGUUUCACCAGUGUGGUUCAAUAAUGAUCGGAGGUCACUUAAACUCUUUUGGACUUGAAAACAAAUUCAAAAUCCAAGUUACAACAGUAUUCUCCCCUGUAAUGCAACACUUGGGGACGUACACUAAAUCAUAGAAUUCUUCUUCUUUGGGGUUAAAACUAUUUCAAAUAAUAAUAAUUAAAAAAAAGAUUCAUUUGGUCUGAAUCUCAGUUUUUUAAUGUCCGUUAAAGGUCAGGCAGUUCGACCUAUCUGUUGAAGUCUGAUAGAUUUAUAUCUCUUUGGUCAUGAUGUCCAGUAAAAAUAUUUCCCUCUGCAGAUAUGUAGGCCUAGCACAAUGUCCUAAAAGCAAGCUUGUACCUCUCUGUCCGCACUGAAUCUGUUAAAUAUGCACUUCUGUGACGUCAUGUAAACAAACCACGUUGGUUAUUAGCUGUGCACUCGAGAUCUUCGCUUAAGGCGUUGCUGUCUCUUUGUCGGUUUUUAAAGGAGAAAACACACAUUUUACAUUGUAAUGUUUAAUUGAAAUGACUGACAAUAUGAGACGGCGUCUUGGCGUCCGGUGUCUAGUAUACAUCUCUGAAGAGGACCCGCUCCACAUGUAGAUAUAUAUGGCUCAUUCUAAGGUUAAGAAAAAACACAUCCAUUCCUAAUUUCAGGUGAUUAUAAACUAAUAAAAAACAUUGUUUUUAAUAUUAUAUUCUAUUUCUGCCAACUCCUACACACUAGACCUUUAAAACGGUUAUUAUUAGGAAAAACAACAUCAAUAUAAGAGGUGAUUCCAUCUUUCAAACAUUUUUAAGAACCCUCCUAAAUUACAAGGAGACUGAAUGCUAUCAAGCAGCCUGCACUGAACUCAAGGUGGUGCUCGGCCUUCAGACAUCACUGUGACGACUGCUGUUACAUGUGAGCGAAAAUGAAAAUCAGGUUGCAUGUUGCAUGAGCAUAUAAUGGAAAUUAAACAAAAUGCUCGUUACCAUAAUAUGUAAUGAAUGUUAAUGUUUCUGAGGAAAGUCUUUCGUACUGAAAAAGCUAUGAAUGUAGCAUGUUAGCUACAUUAUGAGGCAGUUCUGUGUGUCUGUAAAGUACUGAUUUGCUCAGUUUUCUGAUUUCCACAUGUGGAGUAUGAAGAGACUGUCAGCUGCAAAGAACAAAAAUUAUGUAAAUUUAAAAAUGCAGAUUUCACUUUCAAUUUUCAAUUGUAGUGCUGCAUUAACACUCCGUGCCUUUUCAUAUUUAUAGUGCCUGUGCUUGUACAGAGUCCACUGUAUACUACUGUCACUCUUAUAAAACAUGUCAAGACUAAAGAGACAGUUAUGACAAGGGAAGAAAGAUGUUUUGCUCUUGAGUUUGAGCUGCCUGCAGAGCAGCAACUAAAUAAUUAAAAGUUUAGUUAAUGUUACAUAAGAUAUAUGUAAGACAGAGUAAAUGUUUUCAGAGUAGUUUAUUUCCCUUAUAUGAUUGCUGUGUCCGUCCCUGUAACCCUGUGAGACAUGCCAAAGAUAAAGUAUUUAUGUGCAAUGUUAUUUAUUAUGAUUUUUCAAAUAAACUAUC